AUGUCUGCAAUAAGUAAAGAGCAUGCUGGGGUUGGUUUAAGUAGACUCGUAUUUCUAAUUCGGAAAAGUUCAAAGUCUGUAGAGCUAUACUAUGAUGUUGCAAGAGUGUACUUCGAGAUCAAGUCAAAAACAAUUUCAGUUUCUGAAGGAAUUAAAAAGUUGAAAGAGAUCCUUAUUGAAAAUACAAUUUUAUUGGAUGCGGCUUUUCUGGACCUGAAGGCUAACAGUCAAAUUAAACUUCAAACUAUUAAGAGCAAGAGCGGACAUGAUGCGGAUUUUUUACAACAAGCUGGUGAUGUUUUAGCCACAGCAGGUAUAAAUCCGGACGAAGAGUCGUCAUUCUUGAUCCAGUUGAAACAUAAUACUAAGCACGUCUCAGUCAAAGAUACCACACUUAAACAGCAUAAGGAUUAUAUCAGAGUGAGGCAUGUAAUAGCUUCUAGAGUCAAAGAGAAUAUUUGCAUACAAAAUCCGAAGGCAGAGUGGGUUAUCAAUGAUGCUAUGCAUAGCCACUUGAAAAUGUUAAUCGCGACUGUAGUAUCACAGUCCAGAAAGAGGAGAAUCGGUUCUCAGCACAUAUCGGCUUCGUUCCUAAAAAGCAAAGUUUCCCCAAAAGCUCUAAUCCGAGUUAUCAAUAACCAAAAAGAAAUCAAGAAGAGAACCAGGGAGGAAUUGGAAAGAAAGAUGCUUCUUAAAGUUGGGGAAGCUUUGACAAAACGAAAGAAGGAUAUUUCGGUGGAAUUUUCUUCUAUGGAGCAGAAAGUUGCCAAAGCACUGCAACAGGAAGAGGAAAGGGUGCAAGCACACGCUGCUAAUCAAGCCACAAGAACAGCAUUUGGGGGGGAUGCAAAGUAUAUGAAAUGGCAAGAUAAGGUGCAAGAACAAAACAUGAUAUCGAUAAAAUCUAAGGAAGUAGAGAAUUUUGUUCGAGAUGCAGUUCCUCCCUCCAGCUUUGGCAUCAAUACUGCUAACGUGUGCAUGCGAGAUUUAUUACUUGUUUUCAAGCAGAACAAGAAAAAAUUCACAAAAAGUUACCAUGGCUUUACUUUGACUGACUAG